GCAGCCUAGGGAGUAGGACCCCGAGUCGUCAAGGUGUCAGCAGUUCUGCUCUCGAAUUGAUUGAAAAGCCUAAUCAAAUGCACUUGUUUUCUCAUAUAAAUUUUACCUGAAAGUUAAUUGGAAGCGACUAAAUCAGGGAGCUCUUAAUUUUGCGUCCGCAAGGCGGGUUUUCAGUUCUGGAUUCUUUUCCGGCUUGUUCUGGGACACCUAUGAGUCGUGGGUCUUCCCGCUGCAAGUGUUUAAGGGGAAAGUGCGCAUGCGCCCGCUUCCUCUUUUCCGGCUGGAACCAUGGAGGUUGUCGCAGAGAAGAAAAAGAAGGUUCCUGCUGUGCCAGAAACCCUUAAGAAAAAGCGAAGGAAUUUCGCGGAGCUGAAGUUAAAGCGCCUGAGAAAGAAGUUUGCCCAAAAAAUGCUUCGAAAGGCAAGGAGGAAGCUUAUCUAUGAAAAAGCUAAGCACUAUCACAAAGAAUAUAGGCAGAUGUACAGAACUGAGAUUCGAAUGGCUAGGAUGGCAAGAAAAGCUGGCAACUUCUAUGUACCUGCAGAACCCAAAUUGGCGUUUGUCAUCAGGAUCAGAGGUAUCAAUGGUGUGAGCCCAAAGGUCCGGAAGGUGUUGCAGCUUCUUCGCCUUCGUCAGAUCUUCAACGGAACCUUUGUUAAGCUCAACAAGGCUUCGAUUAACAUGCUGAGGAUUGUAGAACCAUACAUUGCAUGGGGGUACCCAAACCUGAAGUCAGUAAAUGAACUAAUCUACAAGCGUGGUUAUGGCAAAAUUAAUAAGAAGCGAAUUGCCUUGACAGAUAAUUCUUUGAUUGCUCGAUCUCUUGGUAAAUAUGGCAUCAUUUGCAUGGAGGAUCUGAUUCAUGAGAUUUAUACUGUUGGAAAACGUUUCAAAGAAGCCAAUAACUUCCUCUGGCCUUUUAAAUUAUCCUCUCCACGAGGUGGAAUGAAGAAAAAGACCACCCAUUUUGUAGAAGGUGGGGAUGCUGGCAACAGGGAAGACCAGAUCAACAGGCUUAUCAGAAGGAUGAACUAAGGUGUCUGCCUUGAUUAUUUUUGUUAACUGGUGAGUUAAUAAUAAACGAUGCCUGCUUUCAGAUGGAAAUAUGUUGUAUUUGUGAUUUUUAUUUUUAAAGCCUCUAUCUUAAUUAUUGUGGCAAGUCUUGGUGUGAGAUAAACUUAAGUUAGAUUCACUUUGUAUUAUGUGAAACACAUCUUUUGGGUUUAUUAAAGACUUUUCUUCAUAAAAA